GAGGGAGAGUGAGCAGAGUGAGCAAGAGAGAGCGUGUGUGCGCGUGGAUUGCACCACCGCAUCCAGUUCACCGAAUCUGCAGGCGGCCAUGCUCUGAUGGAGAGAAUCAGAUCCAUUUAUUUAACCCAAACCCAAUUAGUUCAUAAUGAAGUCAUUCCUGAUGUGACUGACAAGGUCUGUCUGUCGACACCGUCCUUGAGUCGUUUGGUCUUCAUCACGGAGAGACUUUGACACAGCCAUGGCUUUGGUUAUGGAACCGAUAAGUAAAUGGACCCCGAAGCAAGUCCUGGACUGGAUGAAAGGUCUGGAUGACUGUCUGCAGCAGUAUGUGAAGAGCUUUGAGAGGGAACAGAUGGGAGGAGAGCAACUUCUUCACAUCACCCACCAGGAGCUGGAGGAGCUGGGGGUCACACGCAUCGGCCACCAGGAGCUCAUUCUGGAGGCUGUGGACCUGCUCUGUGCUCUGAACUAUGGCCUGGAGACAGAGAACUUGAGGACCCUGUCCCACAAACUCAACGCCUCAGCCAAGAACCUCCAGAACUUCAUCUUGGGCCGGCGGAGGGGCGGGCACUACGACGGCCGUGCUUCCCGUAGGUUGCCCAACGACUUCCUCACCUCCGUGGUGGAUCUUAUUGGAGCAGCCAAGAACCUGCUGGCCUGGCUGGACAGGUCACCGUUUGCCAGCGUGACAGAGUAUUCCCUCCUGAAGAACAACAUAGUCCAACUGUGCUUGGAGCUCACCACCAUUGUACAACAGGACUGCACCGUGUACGAGACCGAGAACAAGAUCCUCCAUGUGUGUAAGACUCUGGCAGGGAUAUGUGACCACAUCAUUUCGUUGUCGUCGGACUCUCUGGUCUCUCAGUCUGCACAUCUGGAGGUUGUUCACCUGACCAGCAUCAUGCCCAGCGAAGGCCUGGGUAUGUACAUCAAGUCCACUUAUGACGGCCUCCAUGUUAUCACUGGGACCACAGAGAACUCUCCUGCUGACCAGUGUAAGAAGAUCCACGCUGGGGACGAAGUGAUCCAGGUCAACCACCAGACUGUGGUGGGGUGGCAGCUGAAGAACCUGGUGAACGCCCUGAGGGAGGACCCGUGUGGAGUCAUCCUCACGCUGAAGAAGAGGCCGCAGAACACGCUGAGCUCCACCCCCGCCCUGCUCAGGAACGUGCGCUGGAAACCCCUGGGCCUGCAGGUAACCUUUAACCCCCCCCCCCCACUCCCGACCAGUUCCUCUCCUACUCCCAGUGGCACUCUGGGAAUGUCCAAAAUGGACGUCCCCAACAUGCAAGAUGUUUUCAUCCUGUCCCCUGUGUCUGGACUGUACGGGACCAGGGAGGAGAUGGGUCUGAUGUCAUGUGAUGACAUCAGCAGGUACAGUGUCAGCUCCCAGUCCGGUUCCAAGGGCUCGGAAGCGGUCAGCUACUACCUGGACCAGGACAGCGGUCAGUACUUCUCCCUGCUGGAGGGGGAUGGGGGCCCCCCAGGGCCGGACUACGACAGGGGCCGCAACACGGGGGUCAGACGGCGAGACAAGACCCCCACGCAUGGUGACCUCAGACCAGUUUCCAUGCCGCCGGAAUAUAAUUGGAUGGCCGAGCCCAAGGAACCCAGCAUGGGCAAGAGAGGGAGCAGAGAUUCAGACAAUUCCCUUCUGCGUUACCUAAGCGAUGACAAGAUCCUGGUCAUAGAGGAGGAGCCGGAGGUCCCUGGACGGGAGAGUAGGCGGGACUCCACCCGGCAUUCGCGGCGGAAGAGCCGCAAUCCCAGCAGCCCCAGCUUUCCUAUCAGCCCUUCCAUGCUGUCGUCUACCCUCCGCCUGGACCAGAUCCCCGACGCCAUGCCUAUACAGAGAUCAGGGGACACACUAAGAGCAGACACGACCGAUAGGUACUCAAGCUCUGGGAGUGAUCGCCUGGGAGGGGCAUCCAUGAGGAAGUCUUUCCACUACACCUCCUUAAGAACAAAACCCAACAAAAAGAGGAGUAAAGGCUCUCUGACGAGCGCCAGCCGCAGGCGUAUCUCCUGUAAGGACUUGGGCCAUGGGGACUGUGAGGGCUGGCUGUGGAAGAAGAAGGAUGCUAAAGGCUACUUCACCCAGAAGUGGAGGAAAUACUGGUUCAUCCUCAAAGAGUCCUGUCUCUACUGGUACACCAACCAGAAUGAUGAGAAGGCUGAAGGCUUCAUCAGUCUGCCAGAGUUCAGGAUAGACCGAGCCAUCGAGUGCAGACGGAAAUUUGCCUUCAAAGCUUGUCAUCCCAAAAUCAAGAGCUUCUUCUUUGCUACAGACUGUCUCGAGGAAAUGAAUAGGUGGAUGAACCGACUGGGCCUGGCUGCCAUUGGCUACACCCCCGAUGACAAGGUGCCCCGCCCUGAUGAAGAUUACUGGAGUGAGAGUGACCAGGAGGACGCUGACGGCUCCAUGACACUCAAACAGGACGGGCCGUCUUCUCUGUGUGACACCUACCACCGCACCCCCUCAGUGAACUCCUCCAGCCCCUUCCCGGAGCCCAAGCACGGGCGCCACUUCUCCAGCGAGUCCACUCACUCCCACUCCUCGGCGGAGGAGCAGAGGGGUGAGGGCGGCAUGGGGACGGGCAGCACCAGCACCCACUCGUCGGGCUGCCGCUCCACCCACCGAGAGCGCCGCUCCUGGCAGGACCUGAUCGAGACGCCCCUGACCAGCUCCGGGCUCCACUUCCUCCAGACGGCGCCCUUGGAGGGGGACGGGGGCUACGGCGGGCGGGAGAUGGGCAUGGGUGACGGGCUGAUGGGGGGGUACGGGGGGCUGGGGAGGCAGGGCAUGUCCCCGGAGAGGCGUCGGCAGGCCACCCUGCCCGUCCGCAGGCACCACGCGGAGCGGGAGCGGGAACGGGAGGGGCCCUUCCCUCUGGAGCGGGAGCCGCACACGCACUCCCACUCACACCGGAGGUCCCACAAGCAGCGCAGCCAGAGCCUUCCCAGGAACAGGGACCCCCGGUCAGGCAAGCUGCUGCAGACCCCCGCCCGCAUGGAGGAGAGGAGCGAGGACGAGGAGGGCGAGGCCCAGGAGGCCCAGGAGGCCAAGGUCAACGAUGCCAGCCAGGAGGUCCUCGAACCGAGAGAGGGGCGGAGCGAGGGACGGGAGAGGCGGGUCUCGGAGGGACGGGAACGGCGUUUGUCGGAGGGGCGGGAGGGUGAGUCGGUGGCGGAGGGUCUGGACGGCCUAGAGCAGCUGUACCGGGCCCUGGAGCAGGCCAACGUGUCGGCCCUCGGGGACCCCCGGCCCUGCAGCCGCCAGGAGCUCCGACGCUGCUUCACCCAGCGCUGCAGGGACCCCCUCCUGAACGACAGGCUGCACAGGGUCCGAGCCCUCCGCAGCACCCUGAAGGCCAAGGAGUCCGAGCUGGCGGUGAUCUGCGCCCUGCUGGAGGACCCGACCCUGUGCUCCCAGAGCUUCAGGGAGUGGAAGCAAUGGAACAGUGAGCUCUACUCUGACAUCUGCCAGCUCAGCCCCGGCACCAACGGCCAGGACGAGCUCUCCCCGCUCUCAGCCCCGCUCAUGACACACACACACUCCUUCAUCGAGACGCAUGUCUGAGGAGGGGGCAGGGUUUCGUUCAGGGGGCAGGAAGAGAGCGAGAGAGAGGGUGACGCAUGCACACACAUAGACACACGCACGCGUACGCACACAGAUGCGUACACACCUCUUAUCCCAUGCCUGCCACCUUCAGUACACACAUACACAUUUACUUUACGCACACACUCACAGCAACCAAACAACCAGGCACUGUACGAUGUGUAAAUAGUCCAAUUGGCAAGUCAGGACACUGUGUGUGAUCUUUUGAUAAUCCUGAGGACCCGGCAGGGUGCCUACUGCAUGCCUGAACAGAAAGCUGUAUUCUUCCUUUGUCUAUUCAACACGAACUGAACACGCUUGACUAGCAAAAAGGGGAAAAAUUGACUUUUUGUCACAAUGGUUUCCUUUGUAUUCUCCUGGUUUUGCUAUGUGAGUUUCUUUUUUCUUUUUUGAGCAGGGGUGUAAAACAUGUAGCAGCAAUACCGACCAGAAACCCCAUUCGCCAAAACACUGUAUCUUUCUACUGACCACAGCCGCAACCCCCCUCCUCCUCUAUCUCUUUGUUUGGCACCUCAUACAGCACAUCUAAUCUCUCUUUCAACUCCAGAGAGGCCUUGUCCUUCCGUCCUGACAGAGGAGGGAUGGCGGGGUCUGUCAGUGAACUGUUCGGGACUGCGUGACUGUGACAGGUGGCUUGUAUGGCACCCCUUAGCUUCAACAGGGGUUCGCCUGCAAGUCCAGUAGCCACUGAGGAAAACUGUGAACUCUUCCUGUGAAUGCAAAACCUCUGGGUGUGAAGGAUCCACCCAGCUGAGGUUGUCAUUUUUUUCUAUUCGAGAAACGAGACGUGACCAGUGAGGAGAUGAAGACAACACGCCAGUCAGUGGUCACCUGACUUCCUGAUUGACACAAGACUAUCUGAGAUGAUCUGAUUUCAUCCACGUCUCUUAACCUCUUUCUCUUCCUUUCUCUUUUCUCUAUCCCUCUCUCUUUUAGGGUUGGUUUCCAAUGCUUCUCUUGGUUUCUUUCUUCCACUCUAUACUUUAUACUGUGUAGUGGGCCCAUGUCGGCUUGUGUAUAUUUGUAUACUUGUGUGUAUCAUGGUGUGUGUGUGUGUGUCUGUUCCAUUGCCACUGUGAACCACUUCUCGGGGUAGCGAGAGGAAGGCAGGAGGGUGUGUAAACGCGUGAGUGUGCAAACUUUUUUUCUCCUUCUUCAGCGAAUGCAAAGAGCUAGAGAGUAUUUCAAAGAAAUCACCACAAAGAAUGCACUUUCUAUAUCUCUAUAUCUCAUUGGCUGCAUCACAGGGUCACACGUCUCAAUGGCCUGUCAUUAAUGUUCAGAAUAUCAGGUAAAGCAUUUGCCGUUUCGUUUUUCUAAAGAUUUGUGUACAGUCUACAAAUAUAUUUAACAUAGAAGAUAUAAAGCUAUUUACGUUUUGUGUCAUAGGUAUGAUGUACAAAAUAGCCCUAUGUAUUCUAUGCCAAGGUUUUGCAGUAUCCCCCGAUUCACAUAGAUGCAGGGUUUUUCUAGUGAGGAGUUACAGUCAGCAAAGGGUAAACAUCAUUAGGACUAACGGUUAUUCUGGUUGACACCACGUUGAAGUUCAGAAUAUUCUCCUGACUGAGUUUUGCAUGAGAAAAGGCCCCAGACUAAUUUGAAAAGACAGGGUCAUGUUGUGGAUCAAUUGUGUUGUUUUUUCUUAACUCUCAUGGUCGCAAGAUAUUAGAUUUGUAGCGCAUGAAAAAUGCAAAAGUACUGUUAAAGGAGUCUUUAUAUGUUCACUUAUUUAAGUAUUCAUGUUUUUUUCUAAGUCAAAAUAAUAUAAUUCAGUGACAGACUAUAAAGAGAAUGUCUGCAGUUCGUACUGAUCACACUAUCGAUAUUGAUGCAGUUUUCUUAGUCAUAUAAUUAUUUCUGUAGGUUUUAGCUGGUCACGCCUUUGGUACAGUAGGCUACAUUCUCUUGUUUCAGACUUGGCCAAAGAGGCCACUAAUUUACCAGUGUCCCCUGCUGUCCCAAAAUCUGAACAGAAAUACACUACGACCAGCACAUACUGUAUCUGACAGGCACCAUAUGUAUUUUACUCUGUAUCUCAUGUCUUAUCAUUUAUCAUCUCAAGUAGCUCUAACUUUUAUCUCACAUAACUGUUUAACAUAGACCCACAAAGAAACAUUGUCAAAAUGUUAUGUUUUUUUUUUUUCAAAGGAAAGUUUACCACAAAAAACUAUAAAAUGAUGCAACUACUUUCUCUGUGCCUCCCCAGCCCUUUCUGCAACAGACAGACUGGUCAGGGUGGUAUCCAUUUCCUACACACAUUCUACUAAAGAGGGGACGAACCACUUUGCUUUAGUCUCUAAACUUCUGUUGUUCAUCUCUGAUAUUGUUAUCAUUAUUUCACAACUGCCUGCUCUUUGAAGCAGGUCAUUUACUGUAGAUCUAGAGGUGUUAUGUUAUGAUUUGUAGGCACAGACUGUGUUAAUUCCUCCCAGCUCUCCGUGUGAGUAGACCCGCCGCAACAGCCCAAGCCAAUGGGAGAUUCCACUGUGUGUUCUUUCAGGGGUGUCCACCUCAUGGUACAUUGCACAGGUGUAUAAGAUGUAAGUUGCACUGCGACAUUGAAAAAAGGAACAUAUUGCUCUUUUUCAAGGAUAUUAGCUAACUGUUAUUCUGUAAAUUAACUGACUAAAGAUGCUAUUAAAGCAAAAGAAAGAAAAUUACAUUUAUUCUUCCUAAAGUAGCCUUUUUUGGUUUCAUAUAUAUAUUAAUAUAUAUUACAAAACAUACAGAUUGUAAACCUAAGUUGUAAAA